AUGCUUCGCUCGACACCGGAAGAGAGUAAGCCAGCUUUAAUAAGAAAAAAAGCCGAGCCUGCUUAUGGGGCCCGGCGCAAGACUGCCUUUUCGAUUUGUUGCAGGCUAAAGGCUAGAACUCCUGCUGUAAGACUCGGCUGCUUUUUCCGCCGAACGAAGAGACAUUUUAUGCCUGGGUGGUGCCCAUUCUCUCUCUUAAGUGAUUCCACGUCAGAGCUUGAUCCGCUACCGAUCAGGAAGUGCGUUCGGCACUCAAAGCGCCAGGACAGAACAACAAGUGCGGAAUCCCAUCCUGCUGCAGGGAUUGGAAAUUGCGGAAUAUCAGGAUUUAGGCUCUUGCAAAGAAGGCAAUUCAUUCGUAGUAGGAUAUUGAAACCUCAAACCCUCUCUGUCAACAACAUCGAAAAGAUUAGGACGAAGGAGCUCGAGCUCUCUUCCAUAUUCAAUUCUCGGAAGAAGAUUCUCAGAAGCUGA